AUGAGUGAUCCAUUUGAAUUAGCAUAGGAUGCCUUGGAGGCUUAAGAUUUUAAGAAAGCAAUUGAAAUUUCUACAGAGCAAGCUAUCUUAGACAAAGAUUAUGAGUAUUUUUACAGAAAACUAAUUGGGCAAUCUUUACUUGGCGAUUAUUUAUUAAAGUCAUAAACAUAAAAGGACUUAAAAUUAUCAAAUCAAGCUCACGAAGAAUUAUUAAAAAGUUGGACACUAAAAAAAGAGGGAAAUGAAGAAGCAUUAUUAUACUUGGCUGAUGUUGAAUUCUAAUUAGGUAUGUAUGAACAAGCAAAGGCUCACUAUUUAGAAUUGUCUGUACUUGUGCAGAAAGAAAGUAUAUAAUAGGCUAAUUUAUCUGCAUGCUAUACCGGAUUGGCUGAUUGUGAAAUGAAGAUGAAUAAGUUUGAAGAAGCAAUAAAAUAAUAUUAAAAUGUUAUCGACAGAAAAGAUAAAUAAGAAAAUUAAGAUUAUGGAUAAAUUUAUAGAAAAAGAGCAAGUUGCUUUUAUAAUAUAAGUGAUUACAAGAGGGCGGAAGCAGAUAUCAAAUAAGCUCUUUUAAUAAAUCCAAAAAUGGUUUAACUUUAUGCAUUACAAUCAAGGAUAUUUGAAGCAUAAAACAAAUAUAAGGAAGCAGAAGAAUUUUUGAAUAAAGUUCAUACAGAAUGUUUAAAUGAUCCAGUUAUUCUUGACGCUAAAGGUAAGAUCUAUCUUCAUCAAUUAAAAUAUUCAGAUGCUGAAAAAAUCUUUUCACAAAUUAAAAGUGUAGAAGGAUAGCUUGGAUUGGCUCAAUCAUAUUUGAAAUAAAAGAAAUAUGAUUUAGCUAUUACCUAAUAUUAAGAUAUUAUAAAAGUAAAUCCAUAAAAUUUGGGUGCUCUCAAUAAUUUGGGUAUCUGUUAUUUGGAAAAUUAGAAAUUGGAUGAAGCAAAAUAAAUGUUUGAAAGAGUAAAAGCAUUAAAUCCAAAUGAUAUGAUUGCCAUAAGUAAUUUGGCUGAUAUAGAAUUUAAAUUGGCUUAAUAGAAUAAGGAUGGAAAAUAUGAAGAUCACAUAAAAGAAACAAUUCGUUUAUGUGAAAUUGUUACUAAAUCACCAGAUCCUUUUGAAAGAGCUGUAUCUUUUAAUCGUUUGGGAGCUUGCUAUUAAAUUUAAAAGAAGUACAAAGAAGCUGAAGAAGCAUUUAUCAAGAGUAUAGCUGCUGAACCAAGAUUUGUAUUAGCAUGGGCAAAUAAAGCAUAAGUAGAAUUAUUAUUGGAUAAACCUGGAGAAUCUUUAGCAAGUUUAAAAAAAUCUGAAGAAUUGUUGAAAGAUGAUUUUUCAAAAAGAAACUUGUCUGAUGCUAAUAUUAACUUUAUUUAAUAAGGACUAAAGAAAAUUGUUUCAUUACAAGAGAAUUUUGGAAAAGCUGCUGAUGAAAUUAAAGCUAAAAUGGAUGCAAUGCUCAAAAGACCUAAUGUAUUGGCUGGUCAUAAAAAUAUUACAAAAGAAUAUGAAGAAUUAGAAAAACAAAGAAUUGAAAUGCUUAAGAAAUAAUAUGAAAAAAUAUAAACUAAUUAAGGGAAAUCUGAAGGAGAUGAUAAAGAUUAUGAAGCAUUGCAGUAGUAAAUAGAAUAGCUAAAGAAAAAGAUUGAGAGUUAAUCUAAAGAAAUUGAUGAAAUUGAAAAGAAAUAAAAAGAAUAAGCAAAAAGAACUGCAGCUUUAGAAUAAAGAGUUGAUAAAAUGAGAGAUACUUUAAGAGCUGCAGGUGUUUAUGAAUAAGGAAAAAUUAAAGCUUGGAUGAAUGAGAAUAGAAGUAAAGAAGAAGGUAAAUAUGCAAAAGCAUUUUAUUGGACAUUACUUAAUUAUAUUGAUUCAUAUAGGGCUGCUAGUACAGGAAUAUUAUAGACAAAUGUAGAACAUGCUGAAAUAGAUAACAAAGUAAGCACAGGAGUUACAUUAGCAAAAAAAGCAUUAGAAGUUGGAUCAUCACUUUGUGAGAGUUUACCUUUGGUUGGUAGUAUUUUUAAAGUAAUUGAUGGUGCAAUUGAUUAUUGUUAUUCAGAAUAUAAAUAGAAGAAAUUUGAGGAUAAGGUAAAUUCUAUAAAUAAAAUCAUUAUGGAAAAUCAUACAGCCAACACAUAAGAAGAUUUAAGUUAGGUUAUUACAAAAGCAGCUAUUGAAAUAGCUAAAAAGAAAUCAUCAGCUAAAGUGUUCAUUUAAUUAUAAUUUGAAUUAGAAAAUCCUAAACCACCUGGUAUGAUUGAUAAAAUAACUGGAUUCUUUACUUCUAAAAUUAAUCAAAUUAGAGAAUAUGCUUUAGGUAAAUAAAUUGAACUCUAUGAUUCUGUUGGUGGAGGAGAAGCAUUAAAAGAUGUUAUUCUUUGUUUGGCACAUUUAUAAAAAAAUUUUGCAGAUGUUAUUAAAAAAUCUGAAACAAUUUUAUUAGAUGUUUAGAUUGAAUAAAUUGUAACAGAAAAAAUCUAGACUCUUUUAAAGGAUGUAAAGGAAGUACCGUAAACUUUAGAUCCAAUUAUGGAAGAUGAUUGGGAAGUCCCAGAAUAAACUCCAGAAUAAAUUAAAUACUUAUAAGAGGAAAAGGCUAAAAAAGAAUAAUUAAAAUAGGAGGCUGAAAAGAAAAAGUAAUAAGAAAUUGAUGAAUAAUAAAAGAAAUAAUAAUAAUAAUAAUAACAAGCAGCAUAAUAACCACCACCUUAAUAGCCUCCCUAAUAACCACCUACUUAAUAAUAAGCUUCAUAACCACCUCCUUAAUAAUAAGCUUAAUAGCCUCCGCCUUAAUAAUAAACAAAAUAGCCCCCUCCAUAAUAGACUCCUGCUUAAUAACAACCAUAAUAAAAUAAUUAAAUAUAAUAAGAAGAGGAAGAAAAUGUAUAAGUUUAGUAAUAAAAUAAACCAAUCGAAGUUGGAAAUCAAGAUUAACCAAAAAAAUAAACUGAAGAAGGUAAAUAAUUAUAAUAUAUAUUUAGCUAGAGGUAGUAGUUGCUGUAUAAUUUACUGAUAGAACCACAAUCAUAAAAUUGAUUAAUUAUAUAAAUUAAAUUCAUAAUUAUUAAGCUUAUUACAUAUUUUCAGCAUAUUUAUACUCUAAUAAUUUUAGUAAUGAUUAAAAUAAAUAAAUUAUUAGAGUAGCUGAUUACUAAUAAUUUAAUUAAAAACCAUAAAUAAGAAUAUUAUAUAGAGUUUUUUUUAUAUUGUAAAUGGAUUAAUGGAAUGACAUUCUUCAGGACACAUUUGCAGGCUCAAUUGGAGGUGUUACUUUUGUUUUGAGUGCACAUCCAUUCGAGUAACAAUAAAUAUAUAAUAUUAGCACAAUUAAAGUGAGAAUGUAAAUGUUCUCUGAAAACACAUCUAUUCUUAAAACAGCCUAUAAAAUAUUCAAAUACGAAGGAGUAAUAAUCUAUAUUAUAAAUAAUAUUAGCCUUUUGCUUUCUAUAAAGGAGUUAUUUCACCACUUAUAUUUAGUUUUCCGGUUUCAGUAACUUUAUUUGCAUGUUAUGAAUAAUACAUGAGAUAUUUUUAAGUUGACAGAGAUUCUUAUUAAUUAAUGCAUUGUAUAUUUAAUUUCAUUAAGUAGGGGGUGUUGGUGGAGCUUAUGCUGGAUUUAUUUAAAGUUUUGCUACCAGUCCAUCAGAAUUAUUUAAGAUUGUUUUUCAAAUGUAAAUUUCAGAGUAAGAGCGUAAAUCUGUUUUGAGAUGCAUAUUUGAGUUUGUAAAUAAGGAAGGAAUAGCUGCAGUCUUUAAGGGAAUCAAUUCAACAAUAUUCAGAGACAUCCCUUAAUAUACAACUUUCUUUAUUACAUUUGAAUCUACUAAAUAGUAUUUACAAAGUGAGAAAGGAUAUUUAACUAUAAUCGAUUAAUUUAUAGCUGGUAUAACUGCAGGCUUAGUGUGCAUUUGCUUUUCCUAUCCUUAAGAUAUGGUGAAAACAAAAAUCUAGUAUGAAAUUCUUGAAUCUAAAUAAAAUCGAAAGUAUAAAGGUAUUGAUGGUGGCAUUUCGAUGUGCAUUAAAGAAAUUUAUAAAUCAGCAGGUUUCAAGGGCUUUUGGCAAGGGUUCAAUAGUUGUGCAAUCUAUUAUAUGGUAGCAUGUUCAGCACAAUUAGUUGGGUAUUAAUAUAAACAAUUUAUAGAUACGAGCAAGGUCGAAUGUUUUGGGAUACUUACGUUAAAAAUUGAUA